GUUAUCACAGUUUGGUUGCUUCACCAUCGACGGACGUUGGAUACGACAAGUUAGUGGUGAUUUGAGACUGGGAUUUUUUGGCACCUGCGACACGCGGACAGUUUGAUCAAUGAAUUCUACGUGAAUCAUGGCAAACAUGAUUAAAACAUUGUUGCUGCUUCUCUACGGCAGUUUACUAUCAGCAGGUCGAACGACACCGACGCAAUGCUCGACGUAUUGCACAGACAAUUCACUCAGCCUGGAAAAAGGCUCAACCCUUGAGUAUUCCUACUCAGGAUGGGCGGAAACCACGCUGAGACCGCACAGCUCUCUUAAAGAAGACCACGACCCCUCCUCGGGUUUGCUGCUCAACGCGACCGUGGUCAUUAGGGUGGUGUCGCCUUGUGAAAUAUCGCUUAAGCUAAAAGACGUCCAGCUUUCUGGAGAAAGCAAGGGCGCCGUUUAUGCUGACCUUUUAACCCACGACACCGUGAGAGCAUCGAUUCAAGGAGGCAACGUUGAGACCGUCUGCAGUCCGCAAGGCACAGACACAGCCGGAUAUCGAUGGGCGCUCAAUGUGAAAAAAGCCAUCCUGAGUGCCCUCCAGCUGCCCUUGAGGGCACUUGACUCCUCCGAGAUCGCGACCCUUCAUGAGACGGACGUAUCAGGAGUAUGUAGAACGCAAUACCAGAGUUUGCAAACGGAGAAUUCAACGCUGGUGACGAAAACCAAAAAUUUAGCACACUGUGCUGGAAGAAGUGGAAAUAUCGACCUGGAAACGCCUUCGGCAGGUUUUAAAAGCAGUCCAGCGCAGCUCUUGAGGGGAGAACAACACUGCAUAAAAACUGUUUCCGGAGGCCGGCUCCUUUUCUCGCACUGCAAAGAGGCCCACGUUCUUCAACCCUUUUCAACCAACAAUGGCACUGACGGUGUGACCACAACUGUUCACCAAACUCUUGUCUUGGAAAAAGUUACUGAAGAUGAAUCAGCGAUUGAAAGCCUCCCUUUAACAUUCACUCGCUCGUCCCUCCUUUUUGAGCACGGCGAUCACGAGGAUAUUUUGGAAAACGAAAAGCGAUCAGCAGAGGCUCUACUUGAGGCAGAGAUUCUAAUCAGAGAGCUUUCCGGAGAUUCGGCAAAUGUGAAAAUUAGGCCGGAAUCAAGCAAAUUAUUUGGAGAGCUCGUGAGAGUAAUGGAUAAACUUGAUGAAAAUCACCUGAGGUUGCUUGUGGCCGAAUUAGAAAUGAACAACGUGGAGAGGGAUUUCGUAAUGGACGCAUUGCAGAAUCUGAACAACCAGGCAGGAAUUACAAUAAUAAGUGCGCUGUACAUGGAACGUGAAAAGCAAAUUCCCAAAUUGAAAUUGUGGCUCGAAUCGAAAGCUGCCAAGUGGUUCGCCUCGCUGGCCUAUUCUCACAGAGUCGAUGACAUCUCUAUUAGAAAUCUCAACAAAUUGCUGGUUUACACGUUUAUGGGGCACACGCCGGAGUCGGACGUUUCCAGCAUCGUUUUGGGAAUAACGGGAUUGGCGCGAACGUAUUGCGAGCAAACUGGCGGAAUGGCCACUUGCGAGUUGCGAAUUUACGAAAUAAUUUCAACGCUCGAGCAGGUGCUUCUGCCAGAAUUCCAUGCAAGUGAAAAGAUCAGGAUAAUUGCAAUGAAGGGACUUGGAAACAUCGGGGUUUUUAUCACUGGAUCAACGCAUUUGCAAGAAAUUAUUUCGAACGAAUUAUUGAGCAUUGACGAACGGCUGGCUGCUCUGGAUGCGUUUAGGAGAGUCCCGUGCUCAAAAAUAGACGCUUCUACGUUUCUGGAAAUUUUUGCAGACACCAAUCAGGAUACGGAAAUUCGCAUAGCCGCAUAUUUGACGACGGUCAAGUGCCCAUCGCCGGCAAUUGUUCGAGCAAUCAAAAAAGCUUUAUACUCAGAAACUGUCAAUCAAGUUGGUUCUUUCGUUUGGACUCAUUUGACGAACAGUCAGGAGUCAACUGGAAAGGGAAGACAAGUUUUACGCAGUCUAUUAGCGAACGAAUUUCUGCAAAACAAGUUUAGAACUGAUGUGCGCCAAUUUUCUCGCAACUUCGAAGGCUCGCACCAUUUUGAAUCGCUUGGACUUGGUGCAAAUGCUGACUCGAACAUAAUUUUCUCAACAAAAUCUUACUUGCCACGUUCAGCCAUGCUUAAUUUGACGGUGGAUAUUUUUGGAGAGUCGAUUAAUUUGCUUGAAAUUGGAGGCAGAGCACAGGGAUUCGAACCGAUGAUAGAGAGAUUAUUUUCCAAGAAAGGCGUUUUUGAAAAUGAAGCUUUGGAGAACUUUUUGAAAAACGCCCGCAAGGACGAGCAAUACGACAGCAUAAUGAACAUCACCACUGUGAUGCAAAAGGGAGUCAAACCGAGGGCGAGCGGCUACCUUCGAUUCAACGGACAAGAGGUCAGCUUUCUCGAACUCGAGGACGUCCUUCAAAAUGCUUAUCAGUUCAACAUUCACCCCAGAGAAUUGAUAAAGAGUCUGUUGAGCAGUAGGGAGUUCGAGUUUGCCAGAUCGGAGGAAAUUUUGAACACAAAAAGGGAAUUUCCCACUGUUAUCGGUUUGCCUCUGAAAUUGGCACUCAACGGGACGUCCAGUGUCAACCUUGCGCUCAAAGGUCACUUUGAGAAAAGUAACGCCGGCUUCGAAAUAAGCGCCUAUUUCAAACCGAGCGCCAGUGUUGCUCUGACGGGAACAAUGUCAGUCGGACAGGAUGACUUUGAGCAGGGAGUGAAAUUUGAAACCACUUUAUUCACGCAAACAAGUUUGGACAACAAGUUAAUUAUUUCAAAUGAGGGCAAGAUCAACUUUAAAUCACAAGUCCCUGAGGAAAAGCAAACGUUGAUUGAUUUGAAAACUGAAAGGCUCAUUUUCAACGGCGAGCGUGUUAAAAAAUUACCCGAUUUAGUGGCGCAGAGAGAAACCUCGAGUUUUUGCACCGGCGAAUGGGUCGACGGCCUCCUGGGACUCAAGUUCUGCUCUGAUAUGAGCUACCCUAAUUCCACCCUUGAGGAAAAAACACCAUCUUACCCUCUGAACGGCGACUCGCACAUCAUCGUGACCGUUGAAAAAACUGACCCCACAUUCAAGGCGUACGAAUUUACUUCGUCUUGGGCGCACAUUCCGGGACGCAAAUACGACUACAGCGUUUCCUUUGACCGAGUGGGAUCGGAAUUGCCCGCAAAGCGUAGAUCAAUCACGCUUGUUUUUGACAGAGAGGCUGGAGUGGCGGUGGCCGCGCUGGAUAUUCCCGAAAAGCAAGCGGAAAUUUCUGUUCUGUGGGACGGAAAGGAUUACUCGGCAGCGGAAGUAUCAAUUUCUUACGAUCGAGUAAAUUACGUUGAAGUUUUGGCCAAACUGGAUCAUCAAAAGAAAAUUAUGCCCGGCACGAAGGAGCAAUUUGGAAAAAUUGAACCAGAAAUAAAAUUCAAAGUUCAAAACUUUCCCGAGUUUUAUCUCAAAGGCAUCAUCAAUUAUUCAGGAAAAUCUAAGUUCACGGCUGACCUUAAUGUAGCCGGUUUGACUCAAAAGCCUCUUGCGUUCGCCAUUGAUUACAACGCGGACGCCUCUUCAGGUGCAGUGAAUGCCAGGGUGAGCGUCGAUUCGCAGUAUAUAACGUGGGACGUGAAAGCAAACGCCAAAAUUACUCCAAGUACUCUUGGUCUACGAGUGAAUGGGGUUUACAAUUUGACAUCCGAAGAGCACCACUCACUCGAAAUUAUGGCUAAAUACAACUGGAAUCAACAAGGCGCGCUAAAAAGAGGAUUUUUAAAUUUGAAAUCUCAACUUUCUCAAUGGCCGCAGUACAGUGGUCAACUGCAGUCUGACGUGAUGCUGAGCAAAGGAUACUAUGAAGGAAACUUGAGACUAACAUUGACGAACGAGGAAUGGAACGUCACUCAGCGCUUCCAAGCAACGGGAGGUGCUGACGUGUGGAUAAAGCAAACAAUUGAAUGCCCUAAAAGAAGUAUCAACUUUCUCCUCGAGCACAGGCACAAAUACAUUCCUAACGUAUUUUCAACUACGUCUCAACUAAAUGUGGACCAAACAAGGAGCGCAAAUUUUCAUCUGGACUACAAGUACAUUCAGGGUGACGGAAUCACUUUUUCGGCCGAGUCAGCACUGCUUUGGCCGCGCAUCACCUUUUCCACUGGCAUUGGCCCAAAUCUCAAAUCCAGGGUGCGGCAAGUUUUGCCAGGCGAGUACGACGCGUUUUUGACCACGCAAUGGACGGAGACUCGUGAGCCCGUCAUAAUUAAAGCAGUUUACAAAGACAAAAGCAGCCAUAAAAAAAUAAGCCACUUUCUGAACGGCACCAUGACCGGCGCAUUUGGAUUUGCGGAGAACAAGGAAUUAGGAGUGCAGGGGAAUUUCGAGGCUGUAAACCAGUUGGCCAAAAUUGAGGGCCGCGUGGCCGUUGGUGGCGAAAAGAAGAGCGAACUUACAGCGAGUUAUGAGGUGGAUAAACUUGGCAAGAAAAGUAUGGCAGCAAAAAUGAGCGUCUUUCCUACUUCUUUGGCGAAAAAAGACUACGAAAUAUUUGGCUCGUACUACAAAUCGCUUAAUGAAAUGGCACUUUCCGUUGAUUUGGUUAUGAGCCGACAUCUUUCAUUCAAAAUUAGUACGAGCAGUGAUAAUGACGAACUAGCUCUUUUCUGGGACAAAGCAAACGAUACCAAUAAAAAUGUCACAUUACUCAUUGAGUAUCCAAGAUUGAAUGAGUUUGCCGCAAAUUUAAUGGUUCCCGGACAGAACAUCUCCGUCUCUGGACAUCUCCGGCAAAUCAGCUCAGCCAGCAAAAGUGAUGACACGACCCAAUUAAGCGGUCAUGCACUUGGAGCAAAACUGAAAUGGUAUCCAGGAAGAGAAAUUUUCUUCUCGGGAAAUUUGAAAGGAAAUUUUGAAUUGGGAAUCGAGACUUUGGCUGAAAUUGGAGUUAAAAACGUUCCUGUCGUCGGCUCGCAAUUCAGAGUUUUUGAAGUGGAGUUCGUUCCUCCUCGAGAGAAAAAUGGAAAGUUGGUUUUCCAGCAUGCGUGGAGAAUUGGUGAGAAGAGGCUCGAGAAUUUGGAGGCCAAAAUUUUGAUUGAGAAACGCAGAAACGACUUAUCAUUGGAAGUAUUUUUGCAUUCAACAGUUUGGAAUCCAAAAAAUAUCACAGGAAGCGUGAAAAGCACAUUUAAUAAUUGGAGCGAUUUGAAUGCAAACGUGAGCGUUAAUUAUGGAGAAAAAAGGAUUUAUUUUGCUUGCGAUUGGAAUUUAAGCCACGGUGCCAAAUUUGAGGUUCAGAGCAAUUUGGAAAGGAUUUCUUCAGCUGCUCUAGAGCUGCAAUAUAACAUUCCUCAUAGUUCUAAGUCUGGAGCACUAAAGCAUUGGAUUACGUUAAAGAACGCCGAGAGUAUUUGGAGCGCUAAUGUCAUCUUAAAAAAUAAUAAAACAUUAUUUGCUGGAGAUUACGAGCUGGAAUUUAAUGUCAUAACACCAAUGGAAUCCCUUGAACGCCACUUUUUAGCCGCCGCGCUACGUUGGGACAAAAAAGAAAUCGAUUGUUCGGGUCAACUCGAAACUCCUCUGACUGGCAAUUUUGCUUUUCAGUUUGCAAAUCGGCAGCUGGCUGAGUCACAAAAACAUAAUGGAAAGCUUUUAAUCUUCUCAUCAGAUAAGUUGGUGAUGGAAUUGGAAAUAUUAGCAAAGCGCAUACCCAUUGACCGAGGAUUGGAUGCGGAAAUCAUUCUGCAAGUGCCGGAAAUUUUACACGUAAAAAGCGAGGUUCUGGUUGAUAUCAAGGAACGUGGAGGGAGCGGAAAAAUAAAUUUCUUCAACCAGAACAGGCUGCUGCACGACAUUAGGCUCAAUUUUCAGCGCGAACACCAAAACGACUCAGUGAAAUUCGACUUGGACUUUUCUGGUUACAGUUAUCUCCUCAUGGCAUCAAGGUGGAAGCUGAAAGUAAAGCACGAAGGCACCAAACAAAACCACACAAGCUAUCUAGAAGUAAACAAGUUUACAUUGGACCAUAAAUUCGAGUACAACAAAGAUGACGAGAGUUGGAAAUUCGAACUGAAGGGAAUUGCUGACAAUAGAGACGUAAUUAAGGUUUCAAUGCAGCAUUACAACUGGCUGUUCUGCAAACAUUUUAUCAAUAUAAUGGGCAAGGAAGUCAUUGAUAUAAAUUCACACGCUGAACAAGGUUUCGUGCACCUUAACUUUCUGGACAAAAUUUUACAAAUCCAUACGCGGAUCACGGAUGCGGAUGAGAUUCAGACUGCCACCAAAAUCUUUGCCAAUCACAAACUUUACGCCACAGCAGCUACAAGCACUUUCCUUAGGUACAAAGAAAAUGACGGCGGACUUGAAUCUGCCAUUAUAAAUGUGAAUGUUGAUGCUAACCGAAAUAACGCAAAGUUGCAAGUUAACGUCGACGCUUGGCGGCGCGUUACGACAAAGGUUUCAUUGAGUUACGACAUUCAUAAGGUCGUCCUAGACGUUGACGUCCUCUCAGCCAACAACACCAUUGACUUUUCAUACUACCAGGAUAAUAUACCGUCCAUAAAAUUGCAAACUUUUGUGUAUUACGAACUGCCAUCUGCAGCUGUUGGGCUUGAUAUACAAUCAGAUAACUUUCUAAUGAGAAUUGAUGGAGAGGGCACAAUGGACGAGGAAAUGAUGAUUUACGCCACCGGAAUGUUUGAUUUCAGCGGGGACUUUUUAAAUAUUUGCCCAAUUAACAUCGAAGCGGAGUGGCAGUUGCCAAAAAGUGAGGUGAUCCAAACCGGCGGCAGAAUAUUAGUUAAAUCUAGGAGAAAUUCUACAAUACUUUUGAAAGGGCACCUCAACUACGAAGAAUUCAACAAACACCUAAAUGGCUCAAUUCUCUUUACAUCUGGAAACGAGGAGGAUUACCAUGAGAACAAAUAUGAAGUCCUCUUAGCUCACCAGAGUUUAGACAAGCAGUACCUUUUGGCCCAGUACAAAUUCAACGAUGAAAAAGUGGAACUAGAAAUAAUGCUCGCAGAAAUGUUGUUUGAGGCAAAACUUCUCACGCCUGUGGAGGAUUAUCAAUAUUUAAGUUUAAAAGCUGGAGUGGCGGAACGUUCGGCAGUUGAAAAGCGGUUUCUGGAGUACAUAAAAAACGACUACAAAUUAGAAGCCGAUUUGAUCUUCAACAAGAAUAAAGGAAAAAGUAAAAUGCUUGCGAUUGCCAAAGCAAACAAUGGAUUUGAAGUGGAAGCUGUAGUGGAAAAAAUCGAAACUGAUGCUUCAACGGACGUUUUCAUGACGAUCGAGCUGAACAAGGCUAACAGAGUAGAGGCAGGAGCACUUUUGGAAUAUGAAUUAGGAAACCUCAACAUUACUGCUAAUGUAACGAGAGACGGAACUACACAGAGAAUGCGUUCAAGGAUUUACAAUACAGAGCAACUAAAAUCUUUUGCAAUCAUGAGCGAGUUCAUGGAAAAUGUUUUUGAGAUGGAAAUAUACUCAUCAGUGGACAGCGAAAUUGCUUACGAGCAAGGCUUUAAAAUCGCAACUCAAAGUUUAACAUCAGAGUUUCGAUAUGAAAAGAGCGAAAAUAUAUCAAUCGCCUACUUGCAAUAUCAAGAACAGGUUCUGCAAUGUGUGAUAAAAGGAAAUACAAUGCUCGGAAUGAUGAGCAUUUCACAUAAAAACAGCAAAGUAUCGUCAGAUAUUCAGUUGGAUUUUGAUUUUGAAGACAAAAUUAACGUCGAAAUGUCUGCGUACUUGAACAAAAAUCUAGAUGAUUCAGAAAAAAGUGAACCUUUAAACUUCAAGGCCAACAUUGAUCCUAGCUCAGGGACUCUUCACCUAAGUAUGAGACACAGGCUAAUAAAAUAUUUGCUAGAAGGAACUUUUCAACAAAACGAAGAAAAUAUAAAACUUGACGCUGCUCUGAUCACGCCGUACUUUGAAUCAACUCGAUUAAACGUCAGCUAUGAUUUUGAGAAUAACAAGAGGAUAAUUGAAAUUCACUUUGAGUACGGAAAAGACUUUUACAAUUUAAUUUCCCACGUUCAUGUCGACGGUUCCUACUCUUUUAAUUUGAAUAUGGACGCAAAAUCAUCAGUUCCUGAUUACGAGACAAUGAAGGUAAGAGGCGAGUUUAAAAAUAGCGAUCAAUUUUCUGGCGUCUUGAAAUUGGAACUACCAACAAAUACCUACAUCUUAUCAAUUGAAUACAAACAAGGAAAGAGUUGCAGUUUCAAAUUGGCAACUGAUGAUAACGUAUAUGUUUUAAACUACGCAAGUCAAGCAAAUGGAGUGAAUUUAAUCGAAUUUUACCGUGACAGCAGACAAUUGUUUAAUGCUACAUUUGUCGUGGCCAAUGAAACUCUGCUAACAACAAUUAUGACGCCUCAUGAAAAGUAUAACAAUUUGACGCUUUAUGUUGGAUAUGGAUCUAACUUGCCGAACAGAAAUUUAAUCAUACACAAAAAUAAUGAUGUACUUUUCAAAGCCCACAUGUAUCCAAUUGACCAAGGAGAUAUAAUUGGAGGAACCGGAAUAAUGGCUACGAUUUAUCAAGGUGACCAGCAAUUCGUGUAUGAUGCUCAGUUUUCUGUAGAUAAUCCUGUGUACAUUGUCCUCAAGCAACACGAGGCUGGAAAUGUUUCUAGGGAUAUUUUGCAUUUUAGCCUGAAUGUCACCAAUGAAAGUUCAGCUUCUGGAAGGGCCGAAAUUCUUCUCCCGCUUUCUCCUAACACAAAGCUUUUAGCAAAGGGUCAAAUUCAAAUUGAAAACAAAAACGCAGAAUUCAAAAUGAGUUACAAGUUUGACGAAGAAGAGGAAAACAAUUUCGCAAUUCAUUACAAGACUUUCACGGACCACUACAACAUCUACAAUAUUGUGACUAACAUGACAACCCCUUUCAAAGGUUACGAAAGCAUGUCACUCGCCAUUACUAGCAGCUGGACAGAGACCGUGGUUAAAUUUAGCAGUCAGUUGCCAGGGUAUGAAAAUAUUGCUUUAGUGGCGGUGCAUAGAUUAGAGGGGCCACAAAAGGAGCUAUGGGUGCAAUUUCAGAACAUGAAAAAAAGUAUUUUCUAUGUGAAAGCCCUAUUUCUAAAUGAAGCGAAUAACAAGAGAGUUGAACUAAAAACAAGAACUCCAUUCUUGAAUGGCCAAGCUUUAGCUUCUAACAAUGGAAGUGUAAUGGAAAUCAUGCUAGAACACGAAGGCAUCACUCUUGUACAGAUUGUGUCAAAAUUGGAGGAAAUCGUCAAUGGCAAAAAAUAUGAGUUCACUUUUAAAAAGCCCGAAAGAGUGUUCCUUCUUGAAUCACGUUUUGUUAAAGAGUUAAAUAUUGAAUUUUCGCUUAACACUCAGUUAGACAAUGAGCUGAUAGCUGGUGUGAUAUUCAAACUUGACGCGUUAGGAAAAAUCGUUUCUACAUUGAAGCUUAUGGAUCAUUCGGUAUACAAAAUAAGUGGUACACUUAGUUGGCUAAAAAAAUCACUUGAUAUACACAUAACAAAUGAUAUUGAUUUCAAUCUUGCUAUUGAUGCAGAAUUGCGCAAUAUAGGCCACUUAAAAAUAUCUUCUGACAAAAUUCAACACGCAAUACAAAUUGGUUGGAAAUUUACUGACGCAAUUACUAAUUUCAAUCUCACGCAAGGAAACGCUUUGGAUUUGAACUUUGAAGCAACGGAUUCUAGCGUUCAAUUCAAAUUUAUAAAAUCCGAAAAAGAAUAUUCUUUUGCAUUUGGGCAAACAAGGGCAACUGGCUGGCCUAAUAUUUUAUUGAAAAUUGUUUGGGAUAGUGAAACAUUGAUUGACUUCCUCCACGAUUUUCUGACAGACCAUCAGUUCUUAAUAGUAAGGACAAAAUUAACGUCGCCAUUUUUGGGAAAUCAUAAGAAUAUGAAAUUCAGCCUAACUUUGAAGACGAAGGAUCGGAUCGAAGUGGAAGCAGAAUUUAAGUGGAGGCCAAAAGAUUUUACUUUGUUCAACGCAGCUCUGAUAAUGGGAGACCUAGCGUCAACUGCAUCUCUUUCGUUUAUAUCUCCCUUCUCUUCAAACUUUACAUUCAACGCGCAAUAUGACUUCUCCGGCAUUGAAAAAACUUUUGAAAUUAUCUACUCACUCGUGGAUAUUGUUUCACUUCAAGGUGCAAUAAUACCCUCCGGAAAUGACCAAUCAAUCACAAUCAAACUGAAAACACCCAUAGAAGGAUACACGUACGUAGAGUUGAGCGGAUUCCACAAAGUGAUUGGCAAAACGCAACGAGCAGAAUUGCAAUUAGUGAGAGAGGAUCAAAAGAAAAGCGUUGAGAUUAAUUUUGAUGGCCGCAAUGUCAGAGCCACUGUAAACACUCCCGAAAUGAGAUGGUCAAUAAUUGCAAACUACUUAUAUACUCAAGACACACACAAAGUUGAAGGAAAUGUAAAAUGGGGAGGCGCUAAAGAUGUGAUGAUGUUUGAGACGCAUUUCAAGCCAAGAGAAAUCCUUUACAUUAGAUUUACAGGACCACAGAAUGAAGUGCACAAGCUUGAUUACAAAAUGACGUGGACUAAGGAGAAAAAGACUAUUGAAAUUGCUAUGCAGAAAAAUAAAGAAAUUGCAGAGUUCAAUGGAGGUUUGACAACACAAGAAAAUUUGCACAUUUUGGUCGCACACAUGAAAAUGAGCACGUUAAAAUACAUAAAAGUUUCUGCAAUAUUAAAUUCCAAGACAAAUGAAUUAGGAGGAGCAAUUCAAAUUGACGAGGAUGCUUAUUCAAUGAAGGCCAGUGAAGUUAUUGAAAAUACAUACAACAUAAAGGUUUUUGAUGGCGAGACGGAAAAAAUGGAACUAAACGUUGCCUUUGAUGGAGAGUAUCACGAGGCUCUGAAAAUUUUGGUGAACUGCAUUACACCCAACUACAAGUUUACAACAGAGGGCACUGUCACUAUAACAAAUGAAAAAUUGCAAAUUUCCACUUCUAUCACGUGGGGUGACGAAAAUGAGAGGAUAUCAUUUUCUUACAAAAAUUCUGUAAGCACGGAAAUCAAGUGCAUGCUCAACACAGCAAAUGUUCAAGAUAGCGAAAUUUACUUGUCAUUUGGCACCAAUUUUGUCAACGUAUUUCUCAGAAACCAAAGUGACACUUACAAAGCCGGCGUGACUUACACAUUGAAUGAAAUUUCCUCAAUCAACGGUACUUUUGAAGUUAAUGGUAAAAAUUAUGAGCUUGUCUCAUAUUAUGAUCCAAUGGAUAUCAAAAUACAUGUUGUUUAUGUUUGGCCUCUAGAGCAAAGAAUUGCAGUCACUGUAGUUUUAAAACCUGGUAACAUAUCACUUAUGUUAAAGACGCCAUACAUACAUUUUACAAAUAUUCAAAUCAAUGGAAAAUAUUCAGAAGUUUCAACGUACAACGACUAUCAGUUGGCAAGCAAGGCAGAUGCAAAGUGGAAUGAUUAUUUAAUUUCGCUCACAGGCGUAAUUAAAAAGUCUCACAAUAAUUACGGUUUGGAUGGCAGUUUAGUUUGGGACAAUGCAAAUGAAAUUAAGCUUAACUUCGGAGUGAUUGAUAAUAAGUUUGUCAACUUUGAACUGAAAACGCCCUUCAAGGGUUUGCCAAUUUUCUCAGCCAAUUUAGAAGCACUGAAAUACCGCCAUGCAGUGACAGGAAUUAGCGGAAAAAUACAAACACCUUUUGAAAAAUUGCCAAUUCUCCAAUUCAUUUUUAACCGAGCUGAUGAAAUUAUUGAAAUGCAAUUUGCAUUUGAUACGGCCACGUACAAAAACAUUUCUAUACACACAAAGCUGACAAGCAAAAAUUCAAAGUAUUUGUUUAUGCAAAUCAAUGCCCCAUUUGUGAGCAAGGUGAAGUACUUUGUAGUUGAUGCUCGCUCAAAUAAAUUGAUAGGUAAAAAUGGGCAAACAACCAAGAUCACAUUGCAGUUAGAUGAAAAACUGUACGAAAUUGAAAACAAUUACACGGUUUUGAAUGGAAGACUUAACAGCUCCGUGUUUAUGAAGGGGCCAUCCAAUAAAAACAACCCAAUUAACGUCAACUUUGGUGGUAAAUUUGAGAUGAACUCUUUAGAUGACCUGGAAAUGGAGACUUUUUUCAAUGAAGCUCUGCUUGGACUGCAAUAUAAAUUGGAAAAAGAUUUACAAAUCAAAUUAAAAGUUCACCUUUCGUCUGUCAUUGCAUUGCCAAAAACGGAGUUUGCUCUUCAUAUAGUUCGUAGUAGCCACUUUGAGGGAAAAAUUGAUUACUCAUAUGGCAAAUACAUUGGAAAUGCUCUCGUGAAAAACAAGUUCCAGAACAGCACACUCGAAACAAUAAUGUAUCUCAAUUUGCCUCAAAUACUAAAAUACCCUCUCCAGGUACAACUUACUGCAAACUAUAUUCAGCCUCGGCUUCAAUUUAAUGGAUUUGCAAGUUAUAUGGCCCAACACCGUUUAGAAUUGAUCAUGGUGCAGACUUCCUUCAGAACGACAUUAAAUGCCAAGCUGGAUAGUGCUUUCUUCAAAGGAACCAACAACUUUGAACUCAUUUUGAGCUCAGGGACUCUGAGCGUCUCAAUGAACGACGAAAUAAAAAUCACGGGGCUGAAAAACCUAAAUCAGCUAGUUCUCACACUAAGCCAAAUUUCCAAGAAACAGGAUCACUCAUUAACCUACGAAUGGGAUCUAACAAAACCACCUACGUUUGAAGUUACACUCGAAUCUCCAAUUUUGACGUCAAAGAAAGCAAAGUUCUCUGCAACGUACCUUGGUGCGUUAAAGGGAGUUAAUAUCAAACUUGUCUCUGGAUCAGAAUCACUGAAACUGGAUUAUGACGUCAUUAACAAAAACAACUCUAAGGGAAUCAAAAUUGUGAUAGGCAAUUCACAAGCACAGAUACUAAACUUCGCAGCUUAUUUAGAGCAAGUACCUAAUGGAAACAAAUUGCUUGCUGAGAUGACCCUUUUUGAAAUAGUUUACAAAGCUGCGUUCAAGUACAGUCUCCCUGAUCAAAAUAAGAACCCAAAAUUAGACGCUGAUUUGUUUUUGAGUUUGCCCUACUUGUUCCCAUUUAAGCUCCUUAGCUUGAAUCUGAAAACCGGAAAAGAUGGCAAUGCUUAUUUCAUUUUGUCUAACAUAUCACUUGAUAAUGAAAAUAUUGAUCUAGAUGGUCUAAUGACAAAUGAUCUCAUUAAAGUUGAGAUUUCAACGUCAUUCGAGGAAUUGAAAUCCCUACUAUUAGAAGCCGACUACAGCUACGUUGGAAAUAAAAAAAGCAUAAACAUUAAUUUGUUCACAAACGACUCGGAAACCCUCAAAACAAACAUAUCGUUUCACCAUCUAUCUAAUGGUUUCAUAUUGCAAGUUGACUCUGAAUCAGUAAUUAAAAAUUUUGAAAAGUUGUCUCUCAAACUGACCAUUCCAUCAGAAAUACGAUACAGCCUACAAGCUAGCCUUGAAUUAAGGGGAAGUACUCAUUUUGAUGGUCAAAUGAUGUUCUCAUCAAAACCUGGAUACACCAAUCUCGAGCUGAAAUUCACCGGAUUGUCCAUUAAUAUGUACUUGACGUCAAAUCAAGGUUUCUUUGGCUACAAAACCAAAUAUGACGACUACAGCAUGAAAAUUUAUUCUAAAUCAUCCGGCCAUCAAUUAGAAAGCGAAGUUACAUUUAACAGUGGACAAGUUCAACUAUUCAAAGCUGGACUAUUCGGCAUGUACAAUAACCAGACAGAUUUUUACGUUUUGAUGAGCACGAAUUCCAUCUACGAAACAUUGCCCGAUACAGUUUUCUAUGUUGGGGCAAAAAAGACCGAGAUUAAAUUUGGAACAGAGCUUGACUACAAGUUGGGUGAAAAGGAGUCCUAUUCUGUGAUAUUGAACCAUUUUAUCGAGAGCACAACUGACUUUGAUAUUGGAUUGAUGAUCGAGAGCUCAAAGAAAGAAGCAUUUAUUGCAAAAAUCAAACACGUUUUGAAAGACGAUUUUUACAUUGCUUUUGCUCAAGUCAACAAAGACAUCAUCAAAAUUACUAAAAUCAACCAAAAUUCAGCUACUUUGCUGUCCGGAACGGUGCAUUGCGAUGACUUUGACAGUGAGGUCAGCGGAAAAUUGGUAAAUGAAGAAAAAAGUAAAGGCAUUGACUUGAAGCUCACUUGGAACAAGGAUCUGUAUCAAAUUGGAGGCAGCUACAACUACAGUGAAAACGAAUUUAUCAUUGUGAAAUUCCAUUUAAAUUCACCGCAAACUCAGCAAUACACUGGCGCUUUUGAAUACAGCGAACCUGCGAAUCUCUACAUUUUGCUCGACCAAGACCAAUCUCCACUAUUGAUUGUUGAGCUUAACAGCGAAAAAGUUCGCUCUAAGUACUUGUUGCUCAAUACCACAGACGUAAAAUUAAUGCUCAGCGAGUACCAUCACAAUUCUGCAUAUGAGCUCCUUGCUAGUGUCUUUUAUGAUUCGAAAACAAUCAAAUUCCAAUAUGAUUCAGACACUUUUCCUGAAAGCCCUGAUUCUUACAAAAUUAACGCAACAUUUGUGGCUCCACAAAGAACUGUAGGUUUCAAUUUAGAAAAGUACUUAAGUGACAAUCAUAACGUCAGCCAGUUUUACAUUUGUUGGGAAAAUCUGUAUCGGCGAGUUGGCUACACGAUUGACAUCACCAAAGAUCAAUACAAAACAAACCUGAAAACUGCAAUCGAAAUUCCAAACAGGGCGAUAGAUUUCAAAACUCACUACAAACUUAUGGAAAUACCAGAAGAGGUUAUGGACUUUGAAUUUGGCGUUCAAUUUAAUUGGAAUUCAAAGAUGCGUCUACUCCCGCUUACUUUCGUUACGACAGUCAAAGUUGACCACGAACAGAAAGUUGCGUACCAUUAUACUGUUCUAGCACACCCUUCAUUUAACAGCAGCUACGUGAUCGACGGCAAAAUGACAAAGCCCAACGCCUACGACAACUUUUUUGCUGUAAAAAUGGGACAGGUAGAGAAUGGAAAAAUGUCACCUGCACUGACGUUGAAAAUAAAUGCGACCAGAAAGUCAUCUUCGAGUCAGUACCACUUGACCAUUGAAAAUCCGCGAUCAGAAAUUUACCAGCAGUGGGAAGUGCAAAUCAACUAUGAGAACGGAUUGGCCGCCACGGUCACCCUUUUGCGUGGAGAAUCGCGAGGCUACAGCUCAGCAAUGAUUAACUACGAUACAGCAUCAAAAAGGGUUGAAGUGGGACUAAUUCACAAUGAACUGACUGCAGAAGUUUUAGGCCAAUUAAUAACGGACCACGCAAAUAACAAAUUUGGCGUUCACGCUUCGGCAUCAUUUGACAUUCUGUUGCCACCGGUCACUCUAAUUGUGCUAACGGAGAUACCAGAAAAAAGCCACUGGCUUCUAUCAGCCGAAAUAAAUGUAGCGCCUGAGAGGUCUUAUUUAGCAGAGGCCAAAUUCACACCGUACCACAUUUCCACUUUGCUGGCCACUCAAGAAUAUGAAGAAACUACACCCGCCCUGCAAGCUGCUCUGACUCUAAACACAACAGAUACCAUUUCAUUUGUCGCAAAAUACAAAGCGUCUAUUUGGAAAAAUCUUACUCACGAUCUGAUAGCACCGUUCAACCAUGCAAAACUCGUUACGAAUGAAAUACUUGCCGGAAUGAAAGACGUUUUCAAAGAAGAAAUUUUUGAGAAAUUUGAGGCAGCCAUCCAGUCGAGUACAAUUAGGUCUGCAUAUCAAAAAAUAGUUGAUCACACAACCUCAGAGUUCAACAGCUUGCGCCAAGACUGGGCCAGUUUUAGACAACUUAUCUUCCGGGCUUAUAACAGAGACGAUUUCUUUAUACGGACAAUCUCGGAUUUUGUAAAAAAUGCCUUUGCCUACGGUCAAAGGGUUGCGUCUGACGGUUUGGAAAUUGUUUGCCACACAUUAUGGAAUUUCUUCACAGAUACUAUGCCAAAACUCUUGGGUACAAUAUACAAAAACUCGGUUGAACCACUGGUAUCUGCUUUUCAAAAAUUCUCCCCGACUGUGAAAAAAUUCGUUCGAGACGUCUCGUCUACUUGGAACGAAAUCCAACUGCGCUUUUCUAAUUUCCAAAGUGGCUCCGUCAAAUACAUUAAAGAGGGAGUUGGUAAAAUCUCAAAGCAUGUAGGUGAUAAUAUCGCUUCGACUAAAAACUGGGCCAACGAGACCAAGGAGUGGAUCAUGAAUGAAUAUAUUGAGCCGAGCAGAGAGACACUGACUGAGAUAGCAAAUGCUUUGGAAAAGUUUUUUAAGGAGACAAAUGAGUUUUUCGUCGGUUUGCCGAGGCAGAUUGAAUUGUAUUUCAUGUCCCUUGAUGAAGUUCAGGAGGCAAUUAAAAUUUACAAAAGCUAUGCCUCUUGGUUUGAAGAGUUCAGGUUCUCCUAUUACGUUCAUGAGCUUCAAAAUGAGUUGAAAAUAUGGUAUAAUAAUUUCUUGGAAGAUUUGCGGUGGUGCAUUGGUGAGUACGCUGCUAUCAUUCCAAAGACUAUAAGCGCAAUUCAGGGCUCGUACGAAGAAUUUAUGCAAAUGCCGUCUGUAAUUUACUUGAAAAUUGUUUACAGCAAAGUAAAUGCAAAGGCCAACUAUUUUUGGGAGCUCUGGAACAUGGAGCAGUUUGUUCAAGAGCUUUUAAUCAAAAUGAGUGACGAAAUUGUGACGUUCAUUCGCAAAAUUUCCGAAUCCUCAGAAAUGGAUUACAGGGAAAAUAUUUUAAUAAAUGAAGAAAAGUACAAUUUCAAUUACGACCCAAUGAACGGAGAAGUCUCUGGCAGCGUCACUUUACCUAUUACUUGGAAGCGGUUCGACCAAAUGCCAACCCUUAACGAGGACAUGAACGAAAAGUUCCAGAAUUUCCGCUACUCAACCUUGGACAAAGUCUAUGAAAUGGGCACGACCGGUGGUUUCAACUGGAAGGACGUGGUGCUGAGAACACUAAUGCCACCCUUCCGAACGAACGCAUUGAUUACGGUCAAUGGACAUGUCAUCACCUUUGAUGGAAAUCACUAUAAAAUUAAAAAUAUGCUCUGCGGAAGUUACAUUUUAGCUGCAGACUACGUCGAAAACUCAUUUGCAAUUGUCGCCAGUUACGGACACGAAGAGGGCAAACUGGCCGGUCACCUUUCCUAUUUGACUCUCUACACACAAACAGGCAAUAAGGUCACUAUAGAAGUGACCCCGACUUCUUCGCGGACUGACAUCGAUGGACAGAGCAAGAUUUAUGUUAAUGGCACAAAGGUUGAACUUCCGCUGGUGGUGGACGAUUUCGAGUUUACUCGACAGGGUCCAAAAGUGGUUGCCGUGAGCGAAAAGGGUGUCGGCUUGCACUGCAACAUUGUCAGUGGCCUCUGCUCACUGGACCUCAGCGGGUGGUACCACGGAAAGGUGGCGGGAAUCGCUGGUUCAUUUGACAAAGAACAAGGAAACGAUUUUGCACAGCCUGACGGGCGAGUUCGUGAAUCGGUGGUUGAAUUCCUAGACGAAUGGAAGGUGAGCGGUUCCAGUGAGUGCGAAAUGCCGGUGAAAAGUAAGGCCAAGCCAAAAGAUACGAGCAAGGCUGCGUGUGACCAACUUUUCACCAAAACCUACUCGGCGCUGCAGCCGUGUUUCUCGAGACUCGAUCCUGAGCCCUUCAGGAUAAUGUGCGAACAAGAUGUGACAGACGGAGUGGUCAGCGAUAAAGGACCGGAUUGCUUAGCCGCCGAGGCCUACGUGGAGCAAUGCCGAUUUGUAGGAAUGGAUAUGUCCCUGCCCGCAUAUUGCUCACGCUGCCGUCUUCCUGGAAAAGUUAUCCCAGCUGGCGAAAUCGUGGUCUUUGACAGCUCGCCCAAGUCGCGUUCUCCGCCGCCAGCCCAAGUUGCAGAUUUCGUUUUUCUGAUCGAAAACGGAUACGACGAGAAUUGUCUGCAAGGGCCGCAGUUGUUCGACCUGCCCGCGAAAAUCGACUCGGUACUGAGGUCAACUUUGGGCAUAAACAGCACCAAAUUUGCACUCGUCACCUUCGGUGCUGGAAAACCGUUCACCGUCCACACCCUUGACGGCAACAUUUGGAGUGGCAGGCGUGGAAUCCAAAACGCACUCAACAAGUGGCAACUUCCGAAACCAGAGCAAGUGGCCACAAAUCAAGAUUUGUAUCAAGCUCUUCUGGCCACAGCCUCAAAACUUCACUUCCGACCUGGCGCGUCGAAAAAUUUGAUUUUGGCUCCCUGCACCUCAUGCGACCGAUCAGAACAAACGGUUGACAUGUUUUCCGAGGCUUCUGGCGUGCUCAUGCUGGCUGACAUUCGACUGCAUGUUCUCCAGCGAGACGAGAUGAUGUUUAAGAGGACCAUAACGAAGAAAACCAAGCAGGGUAAAGUGAAUCCUGUCAUGGGUUUUGACACGCACGGCGCCUACACAGGCAGAAGACACAAAGGCACAUCUUGGCCACUUGGAAGUAAAGCUAUAAUGAGACAACUUUCCUUGCCCAAGGAUUUAUGCACUCCGCUUGCACUAGAAACAAAUGGCACUCUUUUCUCUGCCUCUCGACUGUUCGGAAAAGGUUCAAGCGACGACAAGCGAAAGUGGUUGGACGUUUGGUCCAGGAGAGUGGCCAGCUCUGCAAAACCCACGGCUUGCCAAAGCUGCGAUUGCAUUCCACUGCCCGACGGAAGCUCCCGCCUAUCCUGUCAAUCGUGUUUGCUUCCCGAGAUAGAAAUUUUCCUUGAUGAAUGGGAACGCGCGUUAGAGGAGGCGAUGCAGGAGGAUUUAGACGAAGAUUAUGAUUCGAUUGAAAUGCCAGACGCGUCGGGCACUUUGAGUGACCUCGAGUCCGAGAGGGAGGCCAUCAACGCGGUCAGAGAUGCGAUAGUUCCCGGCCACGCAUUUAGAUCCGACUCGGCGUGAUUUCUACUCUAGAACUAACUACACAACUACUUUAAUUAGAUGUGAAAUAUGUAGGCUUGUUUGUAAAGUCAAUGGAAGUUUUUAUUUUGGAAAAGACAUAGCAAGAAGAGACUUUUCACCACAAAUACCCAGCGCAUGCAUUCAUACAAUUCAAAUUUUCAACAUGUUAUAACAAGAAUCUCGAUUUGAGUCACUGUACCUAAGGUGGCAGGCCCAGAGUGCGUCGAACCAGUCGCUCGGCGAUCUUGUUGAACUCUUCUCGAUUCUCUCUCCACAUCUUCGCAGCAUCCACAUUGGCACCACUUUCAUCAUUGGGUUCUAGUUUUAGAAGAAAAUAUGUCUUAAUUUAAUGGGAAGCAAUAAAUAAAUAUGAAGCCUUGCCAGCUAACAUGCUAACAA